UGAGGGACGGCGGGGGGGCCGCGCCCAGCACCGGCACCCGACGGCACCCGGGCACCGGCGGGGCUCCUCCUCGCUCUCUGCUAUGGACAGUGCCAUCACCCUGUGGCAGUUCCUCCUCCAGUUGCUGCAAGAGCCCCAGAACAAGAACAUCAUCUGCUGGACCUCCAACGACGGGGAAUUCAAGCUGCUGCAGGCAGAGGAGGUGGCCAGGCUCUGGGGGAUCCGCAAGAACAAGCCCAGCAUGAACUAUGAUAAACUCAGCCGGGCGCUGCGCUACUACUACGUGAAGAACAUCAUCAAGAAGGUGAACGGGAAGAAGUUUGUGUACAAAUUCGUGUCGUACCCCGAGAUCCUGAACAUGGAUCCCCUGGUGGUGGGCAGGAUCGAGGGGGACCCCGAGGUGCCAGGCUUUGGGGACGUCCCCAGCGCUCCCAAGGACGUGGAAAACUGUGGCAAAGAGAAAUCCCAGUCCUGUGCAAAAUCCUCCAGCCGCAACGACUACAUCCACUCAGGCCUGUACUCCUCCUUCACCCUCAACUCCCUCAACUCCUCCAGCGUGAAGCUCUUCAGGUCCAUCAAGAUUGAGAACCCGGCUGAGAAGCUGGCAGAGAAGAAACCUCAGGAUGCCACCCCCUCUGUCAUCAAAUUUGUCACCAUGCCCUCCAAGAAACCUCCCAGCGCCCCGCUGGUCUCCACCAGCGUCACGUCCGCGGUUUCUGUCACCCCCAGCGUGUCCUCCUCGCUGUCCCUGGGCUCUGAGGAGACCCUGCAGAGCCUGGAGACGCUGGUGCUGCCCAAGCUCAGCGUCCCUGAAGCUCCUCCAGCACCUUUGGCAAACCUGAGCAGCAGCAGCUUCACCCCCAGCCCUCCCCUGGGCUCGGUGUCCCCCGGGCUGCCGGUGCCCCCCACGCCGCCCUCGCCGCCGCUGAGCUCCAACCCCGAGCUGGACAUGGACACAGAGGUGGAGCCCGUGGGCUCCCAGCAGCUGGAGCAGCCCCAGGGCCUGCAGCAGCCGCCUUCCCCCGAGCCCAAGGAGCAGCAGGACCCAGCUGUGCUGGAGAAGGAGUUUGCCAAUCACCUGUCCCGAGCCAAGAAACCCAAAGGGCUGGAGCUGGCUCCCACGCUGGUGAUCACGGGCAGUGACCCCAGUCCGCUGGGCAUCCUGAGCCCUUCCCUGCCCACUGCCUCCCUGACCCCUGCACUUUUCUCUCAGACUCCCAUCCUGCUGACCCCCAGCCCUCUGCUCUCCAGCAUCCACUUCUGGAGCACCCUGAGCCCUGUGGCUCCUCUGAGCCCUGCCAGGCUGCAAGGAGCCAACACCCUGUUCCAGUUUCCCUCAGUGCUGAACAGCCACGGCCCAUUCACCUUGUCUGGACUGGAUGGACCCUCCACCCCCGGCCCCUUCUCCCCAGACCUGCAGAAGACAUAGCACAUGGAAUUCUGCACAAGGACAAGCAAGGCAAACCCAGGACUUCACUUCUCUUUUUUUUAAAAAAAAGUUUCUAAUUCCACUGAGAUCCUCAACAGUCGUCGUUGUUGCCAUUCCCUGAGUGAAAAAAAAAAAAGAAAAAAUUGCCUUUUUUUUGCAAAAAUUCCCCUUUUUUUUUGGAAGAACCCAGGUUGGGAAUGUAUAUGCAAACGCCUUAACAGGAGCUGCAGCUCCAGUCUCUUCUCCUCCUCACUUUGGGAGAUUUUUCCAGAAAGAAUUUUGGGUGGUGUUGCAGCAGCAAACAGCACCAGAGGAGGAUUUCUUUAUGACUCUUGG